UGGGGUCAGUUCAAUGACCACGUGAAGUUUCCAUCCUGUCACAAGCUUGAAUGCACUAGCAUGUGAUAACAAUGGCUGCUCUCAUCGUGGCCAUACGUUCACCUUGCCUGAGAGCUCCCCUUUCUUUGGCUCCCUAUGGAGGUAUUUCUAGAGCCAACCGAACCAGCACUAUAAGUGGUCUUUGGCCUCUACUGUCCAACGUACGUGCACAGAAAUGUUACCACAAAACGUGUUCGUACAUUGGUAACCGACCUCUGAAGGGGCAUGUACGUCCUGGAGUAAGGUCCUUCCAUGGACCUGGUAAUGUCACAGGUGAGACAGCAAAGCUAGAAGGAUGGAGAAUCAUUAAAGAGAUGUUGAGGCACAUUUGGCCGCGGGAGCAACCCUCUCUAAAGGCCAGAGUCGUCAUUGCUCUGGGACUCCUAGUUGGAGCAAAGUUGGCGAAUGUCCAAGUGCCAUUUUUCUUUAAGUAUGCAGUCGACUACUUUAAUAAUCUUCCAUCUCUAUCAACCCCAGAAGGAACCAUUAUCACUAUGGGUACAGCCCUUCUACUUGGAUAUGGAGCUGCCAGGUUGAGCUCAUCUUUUUUUAACGAGCUACGAAAUGCUGUUUUUGCCAAAGUUGCUCAGAGCUCCAUACGUCGAGUUGCUAAGUCGACUUUUCUCCACCUUCAUUCCCUGGACCUCAGCUACCAUCUCUCAAAGCAAACAGGAGCCAUGUCUAGAGCAGUAGACAGGGGUACCAGGGGCAUUAAUUUUAUUCUGUCUGCACUGGUUUUCAACAUUUUCCCAACUGCCUUGGAAGUCUCAAUGGUGUCUGGAAUCCUGGCUUACAAGUUUGGCCCAUCCUAUGCUGCCCUCGCAGUGGGUACAAUCACUCUCUACGGUGCCCUCACUCUUUGGAUCACUCAAUGGAGAACUAAGUUCCGGGUUGACAUGAACAAAGCUGAUAAUGAGGCAGGAUCCAAAUCCAUUGACUCACUCAUCAACUUUGAGACAGUGAAGUAUUUCAACAAUGAGCACUAUGAGGCUGAGGUGUACGAUAAGAUAUUGAGCAAGUAUCAAUCAGCGUCUCUGAAGACCACCACCAGUCUCUCUCUCCUCUCCUUCACACAGAGUGCAGUGUUCAGUGUGGCCCUCACUGCUGUCAUGAUUAUGGCCAGUCAGGGAAUCACACAAGGUACUAUGACUGUCGGAGACUUGGUAAUGGUGAAUGGACUUCUUUUUCAGCUCUCCAUUCCGCUAAACUUUCUGGGGUCAGUGUACAGAGACAUUAGGCAAGCGCUGGUGGACAUGCAAAAUAUGUUCAAUCUGCUCAGUCUUCAUCCAGGAAUAGAGGAUAAACCGGGAGCACCAGCGAUUCAUUGCUGCCCUGAAACUUCUACUGUUACCUUUGAGAAUGUGUAUUUCGGUUAUGACAAGGAAAGAACAAUUUUAAACGGACUCAGUUUCCGCGUACCAGCUGGCAAGAAGGUUGCCAUCGUAGGAGGAAGUGGUUCAGGUAAAUCUACUAUUGUGAGGCUCCUAUAUCGAUUUUAUGAUCCAAUGGAAGGCCGUGUCCUGAUUGGGGACCAAGACAUCAAAGACUUGAGUUUGACCAGUGUGAGAAAGACAAUAGGAGUGGUGCCCCAGGACUCCGUACUUUUCCACAACUCCAUCUACUACAAUGUAGCAUAUGGGAGACUUAAUGCCAGCAGAGAUGAGGUGAUGGACACCAUCAAACUGGCCGAUUUGCAGACAGCCAUUGAGCACAUGCCAAACAAGUACGAAACACAAGUUGGAGAGAGGGGACUUAAGUUAUCAGGUGGAGAAAAGCAGAGAGUAGCCAUUGCAAGAGCCGUGUUAAAAGGAUCUCCCAUCUUGGUUUAUGAUGAAGCGACGUCAUCCCUGGAUUCUAUUACAGAACAGAAUAUUUUGUCUGCUAUGCAAGAAAUAAUUCGAGGAAAGACAUCAAUUUUUAUUGCCCAUCGCCUGUCUACUGUUGUUGAUGCUGACGAGAUUUUUGUCUUGGGAGAAGGAAAAGUGAUUGAACAUGGCAGUCACUCAGAGCUUAUCUCAAGCCCAAGCUCACUGUACUCUGAGCUCUGGGCAAGACAAUACACGCAAGGGUUUCCCUAAAAAUUGGAGCUAAAUGAAAAUAAUGACAAUUAGGUAACAAAUUCUCAGUUAUUAAUGAUCACUGUCGCACGUACAUUUUUAUACACAAACAAAUUAAUGAGUAUUUGGAUUUGUUCCUG